AUGCGAAAAAAGUUCAUAUCUAUAUUUCCAUCUAAAUCAUUCCAUUCAUAUCUAUCUAUUCGUCUGUCUGUCUCACUCUGUUCAUAUCUAUCUAUCACUGUAUAUUCAUAUCUAUCUAUCUAUCUAUCUAUCUAUCUAUCUAUCUAUCUCAUUCUCUUUAUAUCUAUCUAUCUAAUUCAUAUUUAUAUCUCUUUUUGUUCAUAUCUAUCUAUCUAUGUAUCUCAUUCUCUUUAUAUCUAUCUAUCUAUCUCAGUCUGUUCAUUAUCUAUCUGUCUAUCUAUCUAUCUAUCUAUCUAUCUAUCUAUCUAUCUAUCUAUUUAUCUAUCUCAUUCUCUUUAUAUUUAUCUAUCUAUCUAUCUAAUUCAUAUUUAUAUCUCUUUUUGUUCAUAUCUAUCUAUCUAUCUAUCUAUCUAUCUAUCUAUCUAUCUCAGUCUGUUCAUUAUCUAUCUAUCUAUCUAUCUAUCUAUCUAUCUAUCUAUCUAUCUAUCUAUCUAUCUCAGUCUGUUCAUUAUCUAUCUAUCUAUCUAUCUCAUUCUCUUUAUAUUUAUCUCUCUAUCUAAUUCAUAUUUAUAUCUCUUUUUGUUCAUAUCUAUCUAUCUAUCUAUCUAUCUAUCUAUCUAUCUAUCUAUCUAUCUCAUUCUCUUUAUAUCUAUCUAUCUAUCUAUCUAUCUAUCUAUCUAUCUAUCUAUCUAUCUUAUUCAUGUUCCUAUCUAUUUUCGUUCAUAUUUAUCUAUAUAUUUAUUUCAUUUUCUAUCUAUCUAUCUAUCUAUCUAUCUAUCUAUCUAUCUACUAUUCAUAUCUAUAUAA